AUGGCGCUAGCAAGCGAGAACGACGUGCAGGGAGAUGAGGGAAGCCGAGGUGGUGGCGCCACUGCCGAGAACGACAGCGACACGAAGGAGGAGGACAACGGGCAACAGGAGGAUAUCACCACCACAACGACCGAUGAGGACGAAACUCAGCAGCAUCAGCAACAGCUCAUCAGCGAUAAUGCCGAGAAUGAGCCCCCACAAAAGCCCCGCCGUGCUGCCGGACGAUUUGACAUGGAACUGGGCGAAGUCACUCGUCAUAAUGUGCAGCAACUCAAACGAUUGAAUCAGGCCGUAUUCCCGCUUGCCUAUAACGACAAAUUUUACCGGGACGUUGUCUCGGAUGGGGAACUAGCAAAAUUAGCAUAUUUCAAUGAUAUUGUCGUAGGCGCGGUGUGCUGUCGAAUCGAUGUUCAGAAUGGCAUUCGACGCUUAUAUAUCAUGACACUGGGCACUCUGGCACCGUAUAGGCGGUUAGUACUUAUCUCUCAAUAUACAACAGUAGAUAUGAUAUUCUUUGCAUUUUUCACUAUGUUUUUUUUGGGUUCGGACAACCUGAUAAUUGUUGCGUCUGUUAACUAA